AAUUUAAAACCGGAACAAACAAAAGAAACUACAGCAAAGCGGAGCAGCUGCGUGUGCGGUGUUUUGGUUGUAGUGAUAUUAAGCAAUAGUCACUCACACGGGGGAACACUUUGUGGUAAAACGGGAUCCUCGACACGGACGAGCGGACUUGAGUUCUUCUUUUCAGCCUCUUGGGAAAAGAAAUGAAGCUGAUAAUGACAACACAACAUUAGCCAGAGACAUUAGGACUUUUUGUUCUUUUUAUUGACCAAGUGGCUCUUUUAUUUAACUCGCCUUUCGGCUUUUAUUUAGUGUUUUAUGCUUAAUUUUUGAGACAUAAUGAAGGGCUGCCUUUCUGCUUUGAGGAGGAGUAGGAGGGGUAGCAGCGGGGCUUCCAGGCUCUUGUAUCCGCUGCUCGGUGCGUGUCUCUGGGCUGCGGUUGUCGGAUACAAACCGGUGAUCAUCGUCCACGGUUUGUUCGACAGCUCGGGGGAUUUCAGGAACUUGAUACACUUCAUAAACGAGGUGAGUGCUCGGGAUAGAAACGCACCUGUGAAAUAAGGUUUGCUUCUUUUGGCAGUGAGAUGUAUACAUUAAUGGUAUAAGACAGCGUAAAGAGGCUACAGCGGGCCUGACUGUUGUAUAAGCACAUGUUAACCAGCAGAAACAUGCAGCACCACUGUGGAAAAUGAAGAUGAGCUGUGCGACAUUACUCAGCGGAUCUCAUGAUGUUCAAGAUAUGAUACUUAAAACAGAAGGUUGUCUUCAAAUAUAAACUCUUUUUGUAGCUUCACUUUUAGGGGUUUACAUUCACAAAACAAGUCUUUUCUAUAGAGAAAGUCCAAACAAUUAAAUGUAUUAAAACCAAAUCUGAAAAAGUUAAAAAUUUUCUCUACUUUUUAAAUUUGUAUUUUUCUAUCAAUUAGAUAUAUAUUUUGUUUGAUUAAAGUUUCAUUUUAAUUGUCAAAAUGCUUAGUUUUGCACAGUUACUUUUUAUUAUUAUAAUUGUUUUAUAUAUUGAAAUACUCCUAAAACAAGACAGAAAUAUAUUGUAUAAAAACUAAUAUUAUCAUAUUAUUUGAAAAAGUGUUCAAAAAGAAUACAAGAACAAUGUCAAACAUUUGCUAUAAAAGUGAUAAACAUUAUAAUAUGCUUCUUCUUUUGAAUACAUGACUGAAAAAUUAGUCAUUGUCUUUUAAAGCCUUGUUUUUAUCCCUUUUUUCCCUUUUGUAUCAUGUUUGAUACAUAAAUUUAUGAUACUUCUAUCAAUCAAUAUGAUCAACAAAUUACUUAAAGUACACCUUAAUACAGUCUGAUAAAUGGUAUAAAUGUCCUCUUGUGGUUUAUCAGUUUCUGGUUUAUUCAAUGCUUAUCAGAAUUGUUUUAAUAUAUUGAAAUACUCCUAAAAAAAGACAGAAAUAUAUUGUCCAAAAACUGAUAUUAUCAUAUUAGUUGAAAAAGUAUUCAAAAGGAAUACAAGAACAAUCUCAAACAUUUGCGUUAAAAGUGAUAAACGUUAUAUUAUGCUUCUUCUUUUGAACACAUGACUGAAAAAUUAGUCAUUAUCUUUUAAAGCCUUGUUUCUAUGUAUUUUUUUGUUUUUUUAAGCAUUGUAUUUAUCCCUUUAUUGCCUUUUGUAUCAUAUUUAAUACAUACUUUUAUAAUACUAAUAUCAAUCAAUAUGAUUAACAAACUACUAAGAAUACACCUUAAUUCAGUCCGAUAAAUGAUAAAAAUAUCCUCUUGUGGUUUAUCAGUUCCCAAAAACAUCUAAUGUGUCAAACGAAAUAAAUAAAUAUAUUUGUUAAAUUUUAAGGACAUUUUGAUUUUUUUGGUUUUCAGUAGUAAGUGAAAUAAACAUUUCAGCUCCAAAAAAAUUGAAAUUUUUUGGCCAUAAUUUGUGGUUUUGUAAUUUUUUUUGUCAAAACUAAAAUAAGUCACGUUUUUGGCAGUCUAGUUUUUCUUAGUUUCCUUCAGCAAGAAACCUUAUUAAUUACACUAUAUUAAAUGUGAUGAGUGUGUGGUCAUUUGAAUGAGAAUCCAGAUAUAGAGAGCAAGACCCAGCUCUUCUCACUUCAGCUUAUGGUGUAGAUCACUUUGAGGCCGACAGUGACCAGCCUGAGUUAGAAACUGAUGUUUUGACCUCAGUGUCAUCAGGCAGAUAUGUAAAGAGCUGGCGCAUCUUGUGGUUUCACUUGUAGCUUGUGCUGAUAUGCUAUGCAAGGCUCUUUGCUCUUUGUGUGGACAAACCGGUUCGAGUCAGUGUGGGUUUAUGUCCUCGUUACAUUCAGGAGCCAUAGUUUGUGCACCAGUCAUUCAGUGAGGUUUCCACUCUUCGCUGUGAUAAUGAACAUUCCCACUGCACAGUCCAUUGUGCCCUGUCCUGCUUGUCCUCCUGUUUCCCCCAACCUCCCCACUCACAUACCAUCAGAAACUGACACACAUGUGUGAUUGUGUUUAGAGGCUGACAUAAAAAAUGUGAUGGUAUUGCAAAGAGGAAGUCGUUGUGGGGGCUCUGGCUAAGUCUUCAAGGUAAAGGGAAGGCCGGGUUCCUCUUUUUGUCCCAGAUGUCUAAGAAAGUCAAAGACUGAAACCAGACAGCUUGUACUUGUGAAGGAAACUAGGACCCCGCUCUCUUUCUGCUUCAUCUGCUGUUCUAUCUUGCACCAGACAGGCCGAAGAGUCAUCAAUAUUUUAAGCACAUGCUAAUCAAUAAGCAGCUAAACAUCCCAAAGACCUCUGAUAAUACAGGAGGUUUCCUUUGCUUUGAAUGCUGAGGUUAGCACACAGUUUCUUGUCGCUGCCCAAAGCUUCACUCAGUAAUGUGAGAGAUUACGAAGACACACUCUUCCCCUCCUCUCUGUUUACAAAGUGUUUUCUUCUUCUGCAGUCUCACCCUGGAACAAAUGUGACCGUCAUCGACUUGUUCGACAGGAGCGCCAGUCUGCAGCCCAUGUGGAAGCAGGUUGAGGGCUUCAAGGCAGCUAUCUACCCAAUAAUGCAAAACGCAGCAGACGGAGUCCACUUCAUCUGCUACUCACAAGGUGUGUGAAAAGAUAACCCAACAGGCCUGGCAUUUGUUUUGGUCUCUAGUUACAGAGUGAUUCUUGCAAUAAAUGACCUAUUUUUUACAUUGUUAAUGUUUUACUUUUUUGAAGAUUGGACUUUACAAGACACGUUUUUUAAAUCAUUUUACAAGCUGUUUGUUUUUUUAUAACUCUUGAGGUUUCUACUUGAGUCAGGAGUUGAAAAAUCCCAACAAGCGUCCUGUUAUUCAGCCUGUCACAUGUUCUUUUACCAACAUGCAUUUAAAAGCCGACUUCCUCCCACUGAGCAUGAGUAGGAUCUCAAAUCGAGUAUAAUCAUUUUAAGUUAUUCAGGUGAGUCUUACUGACAAAAUAGCCAAUAUUUUCUUUCAAAGCCUCUUCAUUGAUUUUUAACCCUGUGUGACAGUAAAGUGGAUGUUUGGAGCUCCUUCCUGUCGCUCAGAUAAAACAAGACUGUUUGUAAUGUCACCUUUGGCUCAGAGAUUAGAUUAUAGAAGAAACCCUGCAGCUCUCUGUGGCCUUACAUGGGAAAAAAGGCAGAUGGCUUGAUAGUGGAAACUGUUGUUAGUUUCAGUUCUGGGGGUUAAAUUUCAAACUUUGGCUGUAAGGUUACCAAAACAACACUCACGAAGCAAGUGAUUUCCUGUCCUACAUGUCUGUCUGCCUCUGAGGAGUCAUAAUGUGGUUGUGCUGGGAUUAAAGUGGAAUAAGUGGGUCAGAAGUCUUAUGAAAAAUAUUCUCUGUUGAUGAAACCGCAGGUGGGCUGGUGUGCAGAGGAAUCCUCUCCACUCUGUCCGACCACAACGUCCAGUCCUUCAUCUCUCUGUCCUCACCUCAGGCCGGGCAGUACGGAGGUGGGUUUUACUUCACGCUAAGCACAUUAUGACUAUUAUAUGUUCAAACGUCUUAUUUUCAGAGGAGACCAAUGUCAAUUUAGGACUUGACACAACUUCAAGUAAAUGCCAAGUAUCAACUGUAUGUUGACGAUCAGUGAAUGUUUACAGGGGAUUAAAUGUGUUAAACUUGUUCCUUUAUCUUCACCUUUCAGACACAGACUACUUGAAGUACCUCUUCCCACAGUUUGUGAAGUCCAACCUCUACCACCUCUGCUACACCGCCAUAGGUCAGAGGAUAUCCAUCUGCAACUACUGGAAUGGUAAGACUUCAAAAUUACACACUCAGUUUGUUCUUUAUUUUAAUACUUUGUUGGAUUUACUGAGAUUUUCUGAUUGUUUCUUCCUCUCUCUUUGCAGACCCCCACCACAGAGACCUGUAUGUGAACAGCAGUGAUUAUUUGGCUCUGCUCAACAGUGAGAGACCCAAUCCAAACUCAACAGGUCAGCACAUUCCUUCAGGGUAGAACUGGUCCUGAGGUUCUUAUCUGUGUCACUGUAGAUUAUAGACAGAGUAGAGUAUUGACCUCAGGGGGUCUUUAAAGAGGCAUCAGUGAGAAGAAGAGGAGUGUUUUUAAUACUCUCAGUGUAGACACAGACUGGUGUGUCUUAUUUUGAAAGAUUCCUCUGGAGCCACAGAAAAUAGGACGAUGUUUAGAUACAGUUUUGGUCCUCCGUUAGCACAUGGAAUCACAUGAUUGUGAUUCCCUUUAGCCGUAGAAAAACUGAUAACAGUUGACCACUUCUCUUCUCCAGUUUCUUCUAAGUACUUCUUCUAAAUAAAGGGGCCACAGACUGAACAGUACGUCCUGUACGUUUGUGUUUCAAUCUCAGAAUGGAAGAAGAACUUCCUGAAAAUCAAGAAGCUGGUGUUGAUCGGAGGACCGGACGAUGGGGUCAUCACUCCCUGGCAGUCGAGGUGAGUUCAGGCUCUACCUGCUGUUUAUAACUUCACAUCACUUGUUAUGAACAUUAUCAGUGUGACAACAAGCUUUGUAAGGCUGGAUGUAGUCAGGAAAAACUCUGCAUUCAGCACAGUCUUUAUACAUUUUAGUUUCUUUUAAAUGCCUUCAUUUUGUGGAGUAAUGUUUGAAAUUUUUAACGCUGAUAAAAGAAGCUGAAGCAUAUUUUUUUCUGCCAAAUCUGGGGAUAUAAAUAUUUAUUUCUUUCCUGCUACUUCUACGGGAUGUUUCUAGCGUCAUGUCACACACUGUUUCACAUUCCUCAGCUUUGAGUAAUUUUCUUUUUCAGACUGUGAACGAUCAGAUGACUUUCUUAUGAUGCUCACACGUUUAUCUCUCUUCUGGUUUUUAGUCAGUUUGGAUUUUAUGAUGACAACGAAACUGUUGUGGAGAUGCAGCACCAAGACGUGAGUGUAAUCUGCUAUGUAGUUUGUUAUGACAUAUAGAGGCAAAUAUAAAACACUAUCUUCUGAAGUGAUGAAGUAAGAGAACCUCCUCUAUUUAACACACCCACUGUGAGCUCUUAAUUCUAUCUAUAAUAUGACCAUAAGAGUCAUCCUGAAAUAAAAUUCAGCUUCCUCAAAUUCACUCCAAGAGUUUUUUGUGCUCUCUUAUUUAUGAAAAAUAUUCAGAAAUAAACAAUGAAGCUGUUACAUCAACACAAAAAGAGAUAUUAGACACUAUUGUGAAGGCCUUUUCUCCUCAAAGCAGCAUUAGGGCCUGUGUCCACUGAGUGCAUUCUCAUACAUAAUAAUUUCCAAUCAAAACUGUAAUGUUUGUUUACAAAACUGAGAAAAAUAAUAUUUUACAGACAUUUUUUUUUGCAUUUGUCAAUUUAUUUUGUAUCCCAAGUGUUUGUUGUGUAUAUAUCUGAUACUUCUCCCAACUUUUAAUGCUAUGGCUGUUUUAUACCAGCAGAUGGCAAUGUAACAAAGUGGAAUUCAAAACCUGUCCUCGUCUGGUAUUAUGACGGCAGCUACAAAACUGAAGAGAACAACCUAAAACACUCAAACUGAUGAAAACCAACUAAUAUGAGCAUUUAAAGCAUUGAAACAAAUAGUAAAACUUGAAAAGAUCAACAAAACUCUCAUUCAGACUAAACUGAGUGUCCAAACAAAACAGUUUUAGACACUAUAAUGAGCAAACUUUAAUAGAUCAUAAAGAGUUUGAAACACUGUGCGAUAAUGUGUCUAGUGUCGACUGUUAACAGGAAAACAUCCUCAAUUAAAUGAUCUUCCUUUUCUCAUUCCAGCUGUAUUUACGAGAUGUUUUCGGUCUGAAGACGUUGGGGGCUCGUGGAGAUCUGAUUGUCUGUACCGUUCCCGGAGUUGAACACGUGUACUGGCACUCAAACGAGACCGUGUUCCGUCUUUGCAUGGAGAAAUGGCUGGAGUAAAACUCUCUUUUACAGCACGCAAACACACAGACACAGACACAGACACACAGAUACCCAACACUGAGUUUUAUAAGCUCAUGACUUCCAGCAUUUAUAAAACUCUGCCUUUACAACCACUGUAAAGUCCUCUCACACACAUCCUGAGUGUUCUCCAAAAGUAUGACCUCAAGUCUUUAACACUGACUUGGUAAACAAAUCAGGGUUGCUAGAGUUUGUUUGCAAUACUUUCUUUUCCACUUUAUCAGUUUGGUUUGAGUGUCUGCAGAUGCAUUUACUUAUUCUAACACAUCAUGAAACAUUUUCUGUUAUUUAAAGGGACUCUUUUCUUUUCUUUUUUUUUUAAGUUUAAAUCCUUUUACUUGAGAGUUUUAUGAGAGGACUGAUACUGCUCUCCUCUUUAUGAGCUGUAAAUGAAGUUAUGAAGCAAAUAGUUUAGUUUAGCUUAAAGACGAAGGGGAACAAUUGGCAUACCAAAACACCGUUACAGUUACAAAACACCUACCAGCAUUACUAACUUACAAGUUAAGUCUUUAGUUUAACUGUAUAAAGAGCUAAGUGAAGACAUAAAUGUGGUUUUACAUACGGGCUUGUGUCCUCACUAAUGUUACCCCCCGGAGUUUCUUUGCACGGUAAGGUUGCCAGGCAACAAGCUGAGACUCAAAGGUGGGAGUUCUCGCCUCAUAAACGCCACAAAGUGUCCUCUUUAAGGAUUUAUUGUGUAUAUUUUAGGGCUUUUAAUGCUAUGAAGGCGUUUUUUAGUUUGUCUUUACGCUAAGCAAGACUAACUGGCUGCUUCAUGAGAGCCGUAUCUUCAUAUCAAGGUGUAGAUGUGGAAAGAUUAUCAAUACAGCUCCCAAAAUAUCCAAACAGAGGGAUAAAUAUCUAAAAUGUCAAACUUUAUUGAUUAUUUUUUAACAUUUUUUCUUUGUUGAACAAAUCCAGCAGUUAUUCUUACAGUAUAAGCACAAAGAACAAACUUACAGAUGCAACAGAUGAAACGUCUCCGGUAAACGAGGUAAAGAUUUAAUCAUGAUUUUAUUUUAAAGGCCAGCAAAAGUCCACUCUGACUUUAUGAGAGCCCUCCUACGGUUAAUGGUUGUCUUUUUUAUUGAUGUAAAGGGAAAUUUAAAGGGGAAAAGUUAACGAAGGUGCAACAUUCUGACUUUUAAUCCCAAGUUUAAGUCACUUUUUUAAAAUUCUUAAUAGCUAAAGUCAAAGUUACAGACCUUUACUGUGGUUUUCACAAGUUGAUGAGUCUCUGGUGUCUGCUCUUCAGGGGUGAAAACUGGUAGCAUGCCCCUUUAAAGUGUAUAAACAAACUAUAUCACUUCUCAGACUUACCAAAUCACAUAUCUACAAGUGUGUGUGUGUGUGUCCGGACACACAUACCUCAACACAUCACACACAAACCAGUGCCUGAGCGACGUUCUGUCAUCCUCUCUCUUCAUGUACAGACUCACUGCCCUGCUCAUCGGAUGAUGCAGUUAUUUAUAUCUUUGGAAUCCUGUCAUUUUAACCCAGGAGAUGAUGAUAUCCAUGUUGUUGUUUUUUUGUUAGAUUGUACAUAUGAUCAUGAAUAUUUUGUUUCGUAUCAUUACCAUGCAGUGCUUUGAAGUUUUAGUAGUUUAAGCCUUAAAUUGUCCCGACAUGCCUCCGUCUUUCAUGCUCCAUACCUAAGUGCUAAAACACACUGCCUUUAGUGACCGUGCUUGAAUGAAUGAGUGAUAGGAGAGGAGGAGAAAGAGCCAAGAGUGUGGCAGUGCUAUAUUAGUGUUUACUUAUCCACUAGACUCUUGUACAUGACCGUCUUUACCUCCCAUCUCAUUUAGAUAUCUCAGGCGUUUUAGGAACCUUCUUGUUUGUCAGUCUCUUUCAGAUAAAGGGAAAUACUUAACUUAAUUUGUUGCAUUUUGUUGGAUAGUUAUGGGUGCUUGUUGUACUAAUAUACAUCCAGAUAGUUCUCCAGAAAUAAAUACAAGAGUGAAAAUAUCCAUUCUGUGAAAACAUGAAGUUGAUAGCUUUCUUAGAGCAAAAAGUUUGUGUUGCACAAUAAUUGCCCAGACAAAGAGAAGGGAGGAGAUUACCAUAGAAUGAUUUUAACUGUUUUUUAAAGUUGUAAAAACGUCAGUAUUAUUUGAAUGUUGUUGCAUCCUUUGUUCACUAUUUGUUUGAAGAAAUCAGCUGCAUAAAAUGCAGAUUUAAGGGAAAUUCCUCUCUAUUCAGUUGUCUUGCUUUAUAAACAAUAAAUUUGGAUACAGAGUUUUUUUAAAGACCAAACAAAUGACUAUUUUGGCACUGUCCUUCAAUUUCUACAGUACAUGGUCUUCAAAUAAAAAUGUGUCAAAUGCUGUCAAUUCCUCAAUAAAAGACGGUUUUGAAAAAUGAUUUU